AUGGACGUUGAGGUGUGUGUUUUGUCUGAGCGCUUCCGAAACAGUCGUAUCAUCUUGGCGGACGAGAUUUUCUGCACGAUUUUGUAUGUGCUUCUUCUAAUUUUACUAGUCUACCUUGGUGUUGGAGGGAAAUGUUCGCUGAAGACAUUUCAUUUCAACUUUCGGGUAAGAUUUUGCGACGAAUUUUGCAUUCGAGAAGUAACAAAAAAUGUAGCAAAAUACCUCCCUCUUCAAGCGAAAAAACUCCGAUUUCAAACGCGCGCCCGCUCUUUUUGUAAUCGAAUAUCUGGUGUGACAACAUCCAUGUGAUCUCGUAAGACUACGAGUUAUAACAAUAGACAAGUGAAACCCCGGGCACUAGACUUUUUCGACGCUUUUUCACAUCGGCAACUUCCGGAAAAACAGCUUACAAAAAUGAAUUUUCACUUCUAUUAGGUUGUUCAAUAUGAAAUGUCGGAUUUUAACCUUUAACUUUAAAACACCAUAACUUUUUUUAUGAUAAACUUUAUUAACCGAAAUAAAAACCAUUAGAAUCAACACACUUUUGCCAACAAGAAACAAGUUUAUUUAUGCCAGUAGCGUAAAAAUCCGCAGUUCUGGAGGCGAUAAAGUCGGCGAAGGCGGUUUUGGCGUCGUCUUGGUUUUUGAAGCAUUUCUCCUGCAGGAAGUUGUCCAGAUGCUUGAAAAAGUAGUAAUCGGUGGGCGAGAGGUCCGGCGCACGUCAAUCCAGCGCAUUUCCUGAACCGUUUCGAAACUUCGUACCGUUUUCAUUGGUUUAAAAGAGAGACGAAAUGUCGCGAAAUUAUCGGCACUUUUUCUCGCCCGAAAUAAUUGUUUUUUUCUCGAAAAGGAAGAAGAAAGGUAAGAAAAUGCGUUUUAUCGGAUUUUGAACGAAUCACCAAAAAAGGGGCGGGAAAUUUUUUCUUCUAUUUUGGAUUGACGUGCGGCGAGUAUGGUGGAUGAGGCAGAGUUUCAUAGCCCAAUUCGUUCAGGUUUUGCAGGGUCGGUUGUGCAACGUAUCUAGUAACGAUGCUGUGUCAGCCUCUUCUACGUAAUAGUACCAAUCCGAGACCAGCAACGGCUGAAAAAAGGACGUGACUUGAGUUGCUUCGUACCCUACCAAAAAUAGGGGCACCUCCAAGUUUUUAGCAUAGAAAAUCCCGGCUAUGCCGUAAGGCUUAGCAAUACACCCUAGAUGAAGCUUCGAUAAGCCCUCUAUUAGUCUAUAAGCAUGUUGAAAUAAGGAGGGAUCUGAGCUAGAAAAUAAUCGACUUCAAACUUAUGCAAGAAAAUGGUCAUAACCGACUUUCUUAACUUUAUUUUUCCAGUUAAUCCUGUACAAUGUGUGGUUGAUAAUCCUGAUCCAGGCGGUCUGGGGCGUGGCCUCUAACGUCUACUUCAUCUUCAUCAAGUUCUAUUUUACUGGCUUCUGCAGCAACACGCACGUGGCAUGGCAAUGCGCGCUGAUCAAGUGGCCGUUGCUGUGGACCGUGCCGGCGAUGAGUUUCGUUCAUCUGGUGGGGUUUGUGGAGAGGACCUGGGCUACGAGAUUCCCGCGAAACUACGAAAAUACCGGCAGAUUUUGUGGUGUCUUCUGGAUGAUUAUUACGGUAAUUUUGGUUUGGAUUUAUUGUUUUUUGACCAUUAUUUUUUAUAUCAUCAUUUCAGUGGCUAGUCAUUUUGGGAGUUAACAUCAAAGCCUUUGAUAUUCCGGAUUACCAGGCUUACUCCGCAUACUGUAUGGUUACCGUGCCGGCCAACCAAAACUCCAUUCAAAAUUUAAUGCACUUCCUUCUCGCGUUGGAUGUGGUCGUCACGGCGGGCGAUUUGCUCGUUCUAUGGUUGAACAAAAGCAGGAAAAGAGCUAGGUACUGUACAGUUGAGCCUGAACUCUACCCCUUUUUUGAUUUUUGCCAAAAAAUCUGAACUCUCCCUCCCCCUUUUUGAACACUCCCCCAUUUUGAAAAUCGAAAAAACGAGGUGUGACAUGUUAUACGAUGGAAAUUUUUUCAAAUCGAAAUGAAUAAGGUGUGACAUCUUAUACGAUGAAGAAUUUUUUCAAAUUUUUUCAGUUUUCUCAAUUUGAAAAAAAAUUUUCAUCGUAUAAGAUGUCACACCUAAUUUUUUCAAUUUUCAAAAUGAGGGGUAGUGUUCAAAAAGGGGGAGGGUUCAUUCAAGGGGGAGUGUUCAAAAAGGGGUGAAGUUCAAAAAGGGGUAGAGUUGAAAAAGGGGUAGAGUUCAGAAAACGGGUAGAGUUCUGCCGCAACGCUCUUAGAAGUCUGUCAGGAAAGCAAUGAGCACAAUUUCAACGCCAAUAGCGUCGCCAAACUAAAAAACAAUUCGAUUUUGCCGCGAUGCGAUUCAUUUUUUCGGCGGUGAUGCAAUUUUUGAUGCGACAGAAUGCACAUUGUUUUCUCCACAGACCGAGAGCAUUUUCAAAAAGUACAAUGGAGAAUUUUUGAUGAGACUCUCUCAUGAGGUCAUUAUUUUCCCUACAGGCUUUGUCAAGGCGUUUCUGCCCGCCCAGCAGUACUAGUCUGUUCGUAUCAGUCUGCCGGGAAUAUAACGGCGGGAAUAUUUUUUGCCUCGUCGAAAAAGGGCUAGUUAUGAGCAUCUCCGUUUUAAAUUUGCGACAGAUUUGGCAACCUUCCCAAUAACUCGUUGAUUGCAGUAUCUACGACAACUACAGCUUGUCCAGAUCCUUUCAACAGCACGAGAACUACAUCACCAGUCGGUUGGUGUUGCCGGUCUCGCUGACCCACUCUGUGUUCUUCAUGCUCUACCUUGCCGCCACCUCCAUUUGUCGCUACUUUUGUGGCUAUGGCGGGGAUCCGGUGCCGUUCGUCGCUGGGCUUAUGUUCAUUCACAAUGUAAGCAAAACUAUUUUUUUGGUCGUAUAUAUUAUAUACAGCAGCAUAGUAAAUAUUAUAUUAGGUUGUCCAGAAAGUUCGUUCGUUUUUUUCAUUGCUCUGUUUUGCAAAGAUUGUUUGUUGUUUGGCGAAGGGUAUAUAUUUAUUUGAUGCAGUUUUUUCUUCUCUACAAAACUAUGUAUUUAUGUAAAUAAUAACAAACAAUUUUUGUAAAACAAAGCAAUGAAAAAAACGCACCAACUUUCUGGACAACCUAAUAUUGUAUUUACUAUAGUCAUAAAUUUCAGAUCCUCAUCAUGGCUUUUGCCAGCUGCCUGCUCGUUUUCAUCGUCUGUUGGAAGCUCAUGGAGAAGGAGAAAGGCCUCCAAGUCGGCGAGAAACACGGUGAAUCCACCGAACUGUACUUUAAAAUACUGCGGGGGCAAUUGGGUGCGGACCUAAUCUAAUAAUAUUUUCUACCAUUCCGGCUAUGCGUAGGACAUGUUGGGUGCUUUCGGAGUUCUGUUCGUCCUCGCUAAUGAUGCAGCAAGGUCGGCUGCCGAGGAAUCGUUGUAUGGAGAAGUUGUCUUCGGGAAUUCCUUCUGCUAG